ACAUCAAACACCACCACUCAUUCACUCUAUUUAUCUCCUCACACCCCUCAAACUCAAGAAUCUCGACGAGAAAUGAAGACCCUCCCUCUAAAAUCUCAUUUCCUCAACUUCUCAAACCCCAACAAUUCAACCAAACUCCACUUAAACCCCCCCUCUCUAGUCCCAACUCAAACCACUUCCAAGCUCAAAACCCACCAACCAAACCCCACAAAACAUGCAAAAACCACCUUAGAACCCACCCAAAAGGCCACACAUUUUGCACCAAAAAAUCAAGAACUCUUAGAUGGGCUAUCAAGAAGCUUGGUAAAGGCCACACAUUUUGCACCAAAAAAUCAAGAACUCUUAGAUGGGCUAUCAAGAAACUUGGUCCUAGGAACUCUCUCAGUUGGAGUGGUGAUGUUGCUGAUGGGAAUCGAUGAGCACAGCAGAGCUCUUGCAUGGGGUCCAGAGGGGCCUUUGCUUGAGGAUUUCUGGGAUAACAUGAGGAGAUAUGGACUCUAUGCACUCACUGUAAGUACAGGAGUUCUGUAUGCUGUUUUUGAGCCUAUUGUGCAGUUGUUAAAGAACCCGAUUUCUGCGAUUCUGAUCAUAGUUAUCCUUGGUGGAGGUGUUUUCAUUGUUUCUCAGGUAGUUUCUGCUAUGAUUGGUGUUAAUGAGUUCAGUUAUGAAUACAGUUACUAGGGUUUAUAAACUGGACUUGUUGUAAUAUGAUUUUGUGAGAAUGAUAUACAUGUUGCAAGUGAUGAUAAUUGAUGAGCUUUUUUCUUGCAUCA